CAUACUCGUGGACGAAGACAACUGUAGCCUCUAAGCUUGUUUUGAAACUGAUUUUAGUUGCAACGCUGUUUCAGUAGUGCCUGAAUAAUUUACAAUGGCAACAGAAACCAACAACUACUUUGCAAGCCGUCGAAAGGCACUGAAGGUGGCCGUAGGUGCGCUGUGUUCCGAAGUAGGAUUUGGAGCGGCGGACGACUCGGUGCUGGAGACGUUGACAGAAGCUCUUCAGAGUUUUCUGACAGAGGCUGGGCGCUCUUCAAGGUGUUACAGCGAGUUGUCUGGGAGAACAGGUGUGAUGCUGAGUGAUGUUGUGCUGGCACUUAUUGAUAUGGGAAUUAAUAUUGAUGGUAUAGCUGCACAUGCUAAAAGGGCUAACAAAAGUGUCUUUCUGCCACCUGUUCAUGCUUCCACCUGUGGCAAUCCUAAAACCCUGCAGGUUGGGGAGAAGAAAUCUCCAUCACACAUACCUGAUCAUCUUCCAGCAUUUCCAGACUCCCACACAUACAUUAGGACUCUGUAGACCCACAAACAGCCAGUGAAUGAAUACCAGAUUAUCAGAGAGAAGGCAGCCUCACAAAAGAGAGAUGUAGAGAGAGCCUUGACACGGUUUAUUGCUAAAACCGGGGAAACACAGAGUCUGUGUAAAGAUGACGUGUCCUUAUAUCCAUUGAUAGCCGUCCGCCCUUCUCCACGACCUUACUUAGCUGCCCUCCUUCCAAAGGACCAGGAGCUGGAUACAUUAGAACACAGUGACAUUCAGGAGAUCACCAAGAUGCACUUACAGAAUCAUGAACCUACAGUUACCCCUCUUCCUCCCCCAACAGUGGAAGGUGACGCGGGAGCAGACUCUAAUGAUACGGACAUUGAUAACCCUUAUCUCCGACCUGUUAAAAUGCCCAAGGUCAGGAAGAAGUCUAUAAGGUGAUAGUCAGUGU